AUGGUUCCCGGCGGCCGGCUGCGCCCCGCAGGCCCCUGCAUCGAGCGGAUCUCCGUGGCGCCUUGCCGUUUCUCUCAGCGCCCACCUCCUGCGCCAUCCCCUCCUCCCUCUCCUCCGCGCCUUCAUCCCUCGACCUGCCACUCAUCCCGGCCCAGUCCGGUUGCCGGCGGCGCCCCGUUCCUGCGGCAGCAGUCUGUUCGUUCUCUCAGCGCCCUGCCGUUUCUCUUAACGCCCACCUCCUGCGCCAUCCCCUCCUCCCUCUUCUCCGCGUCUCCAUCCCCUCAACCUGCCACUCAUCCCUGCCCAGUCCGGUUAACGGCGGCGCCGCGUUCCUGCGGCAGGAGUCGGUCCCAAGGGCGACGGAACAUCGCCGUGGAAGAAGAGCUGACUCCCGAGCUAGAUUUACCUGCGAAAUCAAAGGCACCGUCAUCAAUCGAUGACCUUGUUCAUGGCCAGCAAGGGAACAACGCGGGGAGUUUUCAGGACGCGUCCUCUGGAAGGGGUUUCCCAAUGCUGCCCUGCCCACGGUGUGGUGCUUCUCCAUUGACAUGGGGAGUGUGCGAGAACGUCAAGAACGCUGGGAAGGAGUUCUUCAAGUGCUGCAGGAACUUAUUCUUGUUCCUUUUUUAGUCGUGACUUCUGAACUCUGCAUAGUCACGUUAGUUGGAAAUUUUAUUGUUCAUAGCAGUUUUACACCGUUUAUUAGCUGGAGUAGGGUCCUACGUGUCGCCGAGUAUGUUGUUAGGAAGAAGUGUUUCAGGUUCAUCAACAACAUGAUUUCAAUCUGGAUUCUAAAAGCACUCAAACAGAUGGUGUAUGAUAAAUCAAAAUAUACGAUGGAAACGCACCAUGUUUAUAGUUGGCGUAUGUAUUUCAUCUAAAAACAGCAUGUACGGACCGUUUUGGGAUUCAUUUUCUAUCUAAUUGUACACCCGACAUUGUCAAGUAAAUUAUUCAGCACCGGCAUUUAAUCAAGCCUGCAUAGUUUUUGUGAUCAAGUGUUAGUAUCAGUCAAGCGAAUCGAUAGGUGCAAACACAUUACCUGAACAGCGCCCUCCCUUAUUGAGGUAUUUAUAGCACCAUCCAAUAUAUACAUUGACUUCUGCAUUUUUUAAAUGUGAAAUCAGUAUACUGUAAAGGUUUAGGUAUUAUCAUGUGAAAUUGUCCUGGCAUUUUUUCAUUUCUCUGCAGGAAUUUUCACCAUGCAGGUUCUUCAUAUGGAAGGAGACAUAUAUUGAGGACCUGAGGUCAUCGGGGAUAAUGGCAGCAGAUCCAUCUGGUGUUUUUGAAGGCCAGAUUGAGUCUGUACCUGCUGUGGCGUUACCAUCAUCAGACAGCAGAUCAAUCUGGCGUUUUUUUCACUUUGCAGGGAAAAGUUUUUUAGUUUGGGUAAUGUAGUUUAUAAUAAGGCAACAGGAUUGGUGCAUUUUAGCUUGUGAGUCUUUGCUGUCAGUUUGUUCUUUAAACAUCUAUCAGUGUCAUGCAUCACUAAUGUUAAUGACGUCCUUCUGAA